GUGACGGUGGAUAGAUGGGUAGGUUUUUAUUGCUCAUACAGCUAUGGUCAUGGGAGCACAUUCAUAUCGGCAGACUUGUCAUACUGCGAUAUCAUGGGGUAGAUGGUGGUCCUCUUGAUGAUGCUAUGGAUCAGCACGCUGUAUUUGGGCCACAUCAUGUUCGUGGCGAGGAUCCUUUGGGUCGUAGAUGGCUAUUUGCUCAUGUCACGCGCACGUCAUCCGCUGCUGGAUUAGGAUACUACCGAGAUGCUUUGGAUCGCUUGUGUGAUGAUCAAAUGACGUGGAUGUCGUACACUGAUGAGAUUCUAGGACAUUUGCCUCAUGUUGCCCGAGAGCACAUUGAGAUAUGGCGAGCAUGUGUGCCCUUGAUAUGUUUUGAUGUAGUGGAGCAUCACUUUCCUGAUCGCGUACUACACCAGUUCGGGUUGCAGCAGGUUACUCCCGGACCUUGUGAUACAUCUGUGGAUUUGCACAAGAUUGAUAGACGGGGGAAGCACACUGAAGAUUGGGGGAUGCGCCAUAUUCAGUACUCCCUCCGUCCCGCUAUGAUUGUCCCAUUUUACCAUUUCGGUUCGUCCCACUAAGAUUGUCAC